AUGCCCGAAAAGCCCGAUCAACAAGUUCAAGUGACGCUCCCCGAUGAGCCGAAGCGAGAUGGAGAGGGCCGAGUCGAGAUCGCAACGCCCCGUUCCAACGACAAAUGGGCUGAAGCUCUGGAUAAACUCAGCAAACUGGAUCGAAGCAGGUUUGAUCUGGCGAAGACAGCAAACUGCACACCGCAGCGUGUCUUGAAGGACGUGCUCGCGGCAACCAACGACAGAAAAGAGGAGUGUGUCAAGAAGCAAUGGAAGAUCACGAUCAAAGGCCGAGUCAUCGUCCUUCGAAACAUCCUCGAGAAGAUCUCGGUCUGGACCGUCAAGCUCAUGAGUUUGGGCAAUGCCGCUGCGCAGUAUGAUCCCUUGUACACAGCUCUCCCGUGGGCAGCCAUCCGUCUGAUUCUUCAAACGGCCAUCAGCGAUAUCGAGCUCUCCGGAUACACCUUGCAUACUGUCGAGAGCCUCGCCAGCAUCAUUGCCAUAACAACCACCCUGGAAAUGAGAUACCUACGGACCCAUGCAGACUGUCCCAAGCAUGUCAUCUUGAACCAGCUCGCAGACGGCGUGGUGCUGCUCUACGCUUCCAUCCUGCAAUAUCUUUCCCUCGUUCUGGGCUACUAUUGCCAUAACACCGCUACCCGGCUGCUCAAAAGCGUCGUCUCACCUCUGAACGACUUUGUCGACAAGUUUAAAUCGGUCGAGAAUGCCCGGAAAGACCUCUGGGAUCUCGUCCAACUGGCCCAGGCGGAAAGUAUGGAAUCCCUCAUGCUCCAUCUCGCCAACAUGCAAGAGGCCCAACUCGAGGAGAACCGAGUCCAGUUCGACAACCUGGGACGAUUGCUUGAGGAGCUGAGGCAGCCCAUUGACGGACUCGAGCGCGCGACGCGCCUCGGCAUUCUGCGGGCGAUUUCAACGCUCCCGUAUGGCAUUUAUCACAAAAAUGCCAGCAAAGGUCGUCUCGAAGGAUCCGGACAGUGGCUUCUGGAGAGGAAAGAGUUUCGCGCCUGGCGUGACGACGAUACUUCGUCGCUGGCCUUCUUCUAUUGUAUGCGUAAUCCGGCGGAGCCGCAGCGAGGUCAAUGCGACAAGAUCCUCGCGAGCCUGGUGCGUCAGCUGGCCAGCGUGGGCUCCGAGCAGGCCGUCCUAGGUCCCGUCGUGACCCACUACACGGACGCUAUCGAAGGGAUAGGCGAUUUCGGAGACCAAGCGUGGUCGACUAAGGAAUCGUCUAGGGUUUUGCGCGAGCUCAUGGACGACCACCCUGCCGUGACCAUCGUCUUGGACGCGCUCGAUGAAGUCGGCGAAGACGACCGACAGGAACUCAUGGAUGUGUUGAGUCAGCUGCUACGCGAGGCCCCGAACACCUUGAAGAUUUUCAUCUCGAGCCGGGACAACUACGACAUUGCCCUCCAUUUUAAAGGUUCGCCCAACGUAUACAUUGAGGCCGAUGACAACGCUGGCGACAUUGCUGCUUUCAUGAAAAGUGAAGACCGUUUGACCGCAGCUAAGCUGCUCCGUGGCAAGCUGUUAGAUGACCUUCGCGCCAGGAUUACCGACGCCCUGAUAUCCAAGGCCCGUGGCAUGUUUCGCUGGGUUGACCUCCAGAUUCAGUCUCUCCGACCGCUAAAGAUCGCUGCCGACGUCGAGUCCCGUCUCGGCGUGCUGUCGGCCACGCUGGAGGAAUCGUAUUGGGAGAUUUACGAGGACAUCCGCCGCUCGGGCGAUCACGCCGCCGACCUCGCAGACUUCACCUUCCAGUGGCUGCUGUACGCCCAGGAUUCCAUCCGCAUCGAAGAGUUCGCCUUUCUCGCCUCCUCCGCACUCGAUCCCGAUGGCGUCCAAAGGUUUACCCAGAGUGAGAUCAUCGAUGUUUGCUGCAACCUUGUUGUCGUGAGAGGACGAGCCUUCGAAUUCGCACAUCUCUCGGUGCGCGAGUUUCUCGAAGGCCUCCCUAAGCGCAACGUGGACAAGAUGCUUCCCCGGGAAAGUAACAUGAGCAUCGCCAUGGCGUGCCUCACCUACAUGUCGAGAGAAUUCGACAACUGGAAAGGUCUCGAUCCGGACAAACCCGCAGAGGACACCGAGCUCGCGGCUAUUGGUUAUGCAUCUUGGUUCUGGGUGCGGCAUGUCAACGAGAGCCACGACGCGCGCAAGACGGAGCCACUUUCGAGCCACAUCAUACGUUUCCUCUUGGACGGUACGGACGGUACGGCCCCGACCGUCUCGUCUCGUUUUCGCCACUGGGGUCCGACAGUGCGGCGUUAUCCUUUCCUUUUUGGCGAAGUUAGCCCUCGCAUGGGGAGAGAAGAGGAGAUCAGGCUGCAAAUCACGUCCCGUAAUCCGCCCAAUCCUAUAUGGGUUGCUUGCAUGAACAGCUGGCUCGAGAUAGUAGAGUACAUGUACGCCGCCGGGGUUGAGGGCUUGGAAGCGCCCCGCGUUGUAUACCCUAUGUUCAUGCAGGAUCCGGUCACGGUUCGCGGGUACUUCGGGCCAAAGAUAUCGCCACUCUGGUGGGCCAUACUGACAGGGAACGUAGCCGUCGCGGAGUGUAUCCUGGCGCAAGGUUCCGAUCCGCUUCAGCCAGAGUCGCAGAUGGCUGAGUGGCCGCUAGUGGAGGCAGUUUGGAGUGGGAACGAGAAACUCGUCAGCCUACUGUUGAGACACGAACAUGGAGGUCUCAUGGCGGAAAAAGAAGCGUUUAGAGAGGCCGCCGCUCGAGGCAAUCUCGGCAUGGUGAAUUGUUUUGUCCGUCACGACCCCGAGAUACUGCAAACGACCGCCGGAGAUCUAGCCUUGCAGGAAGCCUUGAAAAAUCGGUGCCUUAAUGUUGUUUACUUCCUCUUCGAGAGGGGUAUACCACCGGGCCCUGGAGCCGCCAGGUUACUUCUCAACGUUCCCGCAUCGGAUGAGGAGGCGUUCGACCUAUUCUUCAAGGCGGAGGCAGAGAAGGCGGCAGAAGCGUUUCUUCGUGCGAACAGAGACGACUUGCACAUACCACAAGCGGCACUAGCGAGGUUCGAGAUGCGUAUUAACGAGGCGCUGGUUGACGUUGCCAGCAGAAACAGACGCGAGUCGCGUCACGCGACGAUAACGUCGUCGGGCUGCAUAAAGCGCUCCUCGAAAAGACCGGUUUAUCAGUCAAACGUCUGA